AUGGGUAACCACAAGACCUUAAAGGUUUGCAUCUGUCUCUUUCUUAUACUCGCCUUGAUGGUUUCAUUCACAUAUCCAUCGCGAUUGCAAGAAAGUGGGACCCAACUCACAGCUGCUCCACUGGUAACGCUGCCAGCAAAGUACCAAAAACUCUACGCCAAGAACUCUACUCCAUUCUUCUUGAAUAAAGAGGGGCGUCAGAACAAGGAGGAGAAGGGUUUGAACAGGAAGAAAAUGAAGAGAAAGAAGAUCAAGAAUAUCAAUGCGAAGCCUUUCUUGGUUAUGCUUCCCAAGGGUUUUGUCCCUCCUUCAGGCUCAUCACCAUGCCAGAAUCUGUACCCGAAUUCAAUCACUUUCUUUUGUGCUCUUUCUACUGAAAAAGGGCCUUGA